AUGAGUGGCUCGAGGGUGAGAGAUGUCACAGUGAGGAGCUCGGAGCCCGCUGGCUGGCGGCUCAAGAGACAGGCACACAGGCGCAAGACCCGCAGCAGCAGCCGGCGGAGACCGCUUCCAGGCCAGGGCGCGUCGCAGCGGAACUGGGGCGAGAUCGGCUCAACGGAGGCGGCUCAAAGCACGGCACGCGAGCCGGCCGGCGCGCCCGCAACAGUGACUUGCUGGAGGCGACCCGGAGGAGAGUCGGGCACAGCAGUGACCGGCAAAUGCGGUUUGACAGCGGAGGCACACCAGCAGAAGCGCACAGCUCGACGCCAGAUGGUAAGACGUCGUUGUGUUUCCUUGACUGGCCGCUUGGCUGCAGCGAAUUUUGCCUUUGAUCCGGAAAACGAGACGCCUUUGGUGGAUCUGCAACGGUGUCCAGGGAACCUUCCUGUCGGUCUCAACGGCUUUGUAGAACUCUACAGCGGAAAUCAAUCCAUACGGAUCACUUCGUCGCAUGCGGCCAUGCGCGCAACCCUAAAUUCUCUUAAAUCUCCCAAAUCUUUAAGUCUGGACUAA